AGAGUCUGGCAACAGGUCAAUUUACAAACUUUCAUUUCGAUUAGCUGACCGCGUUUUUUGAGAUUCUGCUGUCGCUAAUCCUGUCUAUCUUUCUACUUUGUAACUUAAUAUAAUUUCUUUUAUUUUUUAUUAUUAUUAUACUGUGUAAUUUUUAUUGAAUUAAUUUAUUUAAUAUUUUUAACCUAAUUACCACAAAUAUAAAGAAAUUAUAGAGAUUAAUAAUUAAGCAAGAAUAACAGAGAAAAAUUAAGGAUUGUACUUUGAAUGCCCCAAGAUGCAAUAUUUUGAAUUGGUCAAAAGGAAUGUUUUACAAGACAACUUUGAUCUUGUGGAAUUUUUACAAGCACAGUCACCUCACACUCCAAUACAUGAAGAACUUUGUGUGGGAAUGAAAGAAUUUCAAGUGGAUACGAUAAGAAACGGUGUAAUUUACAACCUUUUCCAACAAGGCUUACAUUUGAAACCAGAAACAUGUCGUCAAGUUAUUGUAUUUUUGAAGGAUGAUUUUUCUGACCUGACGAAAAGGACAUAUGUUCAAGUUCUCUUACAUAUGACCAAAACAGACAUUUGUAGAAUCUAUGAAAAAUACUCAGAAAAUUUUGAUAGGUUCCCAAAGGAUGGAAAACUGAGUCUUGAUGAGUAUUUUGAUAGGCACAUUGCGACCUUUGUGGAAGCAGCACAGGAGCAAACGCACACACCAAGUGAGGUAGUGGGGAUCAUUUCUCAUGAAACAAAACAGCUGAUUCUUGGUGCAAUGUUGACUGAUCCAGUAAUGUCAGCAUUUGACCAUUGCUUAAAUGGACUUCUGAAAUUGUCUUGCACUCGAAAGUGGAUUGAAAAAGAAAUUGAAGGCAUGCAAAUUUAUUCUGUGGACAGAUUUAACCCAAUGGUUGGUUUCCGUGGUGCUUGUCUGGUUAAUGGUAUCCUAUUAUGUACGAAUGGAUUGGGGGGAGGCACUGGCACAAAGAAGAGAGAAGCUGAUUUAAUAACACUUGCUGCUCACGUAUGCACAUGCUAUUUGGAGCGGUUGAAUAAUAACAACUUCAAUUUUUCAAGCCCAUUUGCAUUCCUUUGUCAUCAAUCUGAUGUAAGACAUGAUCUUGUUUACCCAGAGAAGUUACAUUUCGAAGCUGGCAGAACUGUCGAAUUAUUACUUUUUGAUAUGAUCCAACCCGAUUGGCAGAACUCAUCUAACCAUGCCGCAGAAACAUUUUUAGAGAGGUUAAAAGCUUCUGCUGGGAACUGGCCAGUUAUUAACAAAGAUGAACAGAAAAAUCUAGGAUUGCAAGCUCGUCCUUACCCAUCUCUUGCAUUUGGAAUAGAUGUAAAUGAAGAAUGUGACACAUUUUGUUAGCUCUUUGACUAUUGAUAUCACUUGUAUUCAUAAAAUAUCAGAAGGGUAUUAAACAUAUGACAAAAUUAGUGUCCAGCUUACCAAUGAAAGUGUGUUGAAUGAUCUAUGAUAGUAAAGUUAAGAUUGAUA